AUGAACAUUGCAAGGCAUUUUCCGCGGUCCCUGUCGCUGUGUCGACCCCUUCCACCUGGAAGGAGGUCGCAGGGCAUUUCAGUUCAAGUUGCACCAGCCACUGUCAGCGCAUUCCGGCAUUGUUCCACCUCUGCACCGUCGUCUGCAGACGGAACCACCCGGUCGCAACCUGGUGCUAAUUCCUUCGCAGAUCGUUUCACCUCUGCUCUGAGCCAUAACAAGGAAUGGGCAAUUAAGACCGCCCAGGAGAAUCCCGAACUGUUCCGGACGCUCGCAGCCGGACAGCAUCCUGAAAUUCUCUGGAUCGGUUGCUCCGAUUCCCGGUGCCCCGAGACGACCGUGCUGGGCCUGAAGCCCGGAGAUGUCUUUGUCCACCGUAACAUCGCGAACAUCUUACACGCCAGUGAUCUGUCCUCGUCGGCAGUGAUUGAGUAUGCGGUUCGUUAUCUGCGAGUCAAGCACAUUGUCCUCUCCGGCCACACUGGGUGUGGAGGCGUUGCCGCAGCCAUGGGUAACAAGCAGUUGGGCAUUCUCGACCCCUGGUUGAUGCCGCUGCGUCAAAUCCGCCAGCAAAACCUGACGACUCUGGAGGCGUUAUCGCCCGACGAAGCAGCCCUGAAGCUGGUGGAGCUGAAUGUGGAGGAGGGUGUGAAGCUCUUGAGGCAGAAGAACGUGGUGCUGGAGGCGAUGCAGGAGCGAGGGCUGCAGGUUCACGGGUUGAUUUACGACGUCGGGUCUGGUAUGCUUCGGGAGUUGGAUACUAACGAGUCAGAAGAAGCCAUCAAGGCACGACUCGUCUCGUUCAAGACGGAGGCAUAA